AGAGUACACAAACUCACCAUUAAUUAGAAAGGAAGUUAGAAAUGGAGAAUACAUUUGCAAAGCUCAUAUUCAUCCCAACCCCUGGCCAUGGUCAUAUCAUGUCAACAGUCCAGAUCGCGAAACUACUUGUAAACCGAGAUCAACGCCUCUCCAUAACCGUCCUUGUCAUCAAACCUCUUAGCUUCGGUUCUCACACGGCUACCAACACCUACAUCGAAUCAUUAGCCAAGUAUACCACAAGUCGCAUAUCGUUUAUUGAACUCCCUCAAGACAUACCCCCACCAUUUGGUGACUCGAAACCAAGCUUUAGUUUCUUUAAUGAUUUCAUUGAAAGUCACUGUAAAUAUGUGAGAAACAUUGUGGCUGACAUUGUAACUCAACCGGGUUCUGAUCGCCUAGCUGGUUUCGUCAUUGACAUGUUUUGCACCUGCAUGAUAGAGAUAGCUAAUGAGUUUAAUGUUCCUAGCUAUGUUUUUUAUACUUCUAAUGCUUCUUUGCUUGGAUUUAAAUUCUAUAUACAGUUACUUGAUCAGAGUCAGGAUGUUGUUAAGUUGAGUAAAUCGGAUACUGAGGUAUCUGUUCCAAGUUAUGCGAAGCCGGUGCCCACGAGAGUCUUUUGGGAUAUUGUCCAAACUAGAGCAGGAAUGGACUAUAUUCUGACUAUUAUUCGGAAAAUUAGAGAGGUCAAAGGAAUCAUGGUUAAUACAUUCUCGGACCUGGAGGCACAUGCAAUCAUGUCAUUGUCUGAUGACAUCAGCAUCCCACCGGUGUAUCCGGUGGGACCUAUCCUCAAUCUAGAAAGCGUUGCUGGACAACAGUCUGAUGAUGUCGACAUCAUCAGAUGGUUGGACAGUCAACCGCCGUCUUCGGUUGUGUUUCUGUGUUUUGGAAGCAUGGGAAGUUUUGAUGAGAUUCAAGUGAAGGAGAUAGCGCGUGCUUUAGAGCAGAGUGGCCACCGUUUUUUAUGGUCCCUACGUCAAUCUCCUUUAGACCAAAUACCAAGAAUCCCGAGUGAUUAUGAGGAUUUUGGAGCAGUAUUGCCCGAAGGGUUUCUAGAUCGAACACACGGAAUAGGGAAAGUGAUAGGGUGGGCCCCACAAGUGGCGGUGUUGGCUCACGAUGCAGUUGGAGGUUUUGUGUCUCACUGUGGAUGGAACUCAUUGUUGGAGAGUUUGUGGUUCGGCGUACCAACAGCAGCAUGGCCUAUGUACGCCGAACAACAAAUGAAUGCGUUUAAAAUGGUGGUGGAGAUGGGACUGGCAGUGGAGAUCAAGUUGGAUUAUAGAAAGGAUAUGUUUAAUGUGAAUGCUAAUAUAGUAACUGUCACCGCAGAGGAGAUAGAAAGCGGUAUGAGACGCGUGAUGGAGGACAACGAGGUUAGAACAAAAGUGAAAGAGAUGAGCGACAAGUGUAAGGGGGCAAUGGCGGAGGGCGGUUCGUCUUAUGCAUCUGUCGGCUGUUUCAUUCAAGAUGUGAUACAAAACAUCUCCUGAUUUUUAACUCUUGUUUAAUCGGGACUAAUUGGCCGUCUAGCUACGUGUGACAUUCAAUAUUUGUAUGAUUUUGUCUCUACAUGCUUGUUUUCAAAGUAUUCUCAUUAUCGUACCGGAGGUGGAUGUAAUUCGAUUGUACCGUCUAAAAUUAGACAUAAUUUUUGGACUAUAAUUUAUUA